CUGUUUCUUAAGACGUCCAGCUUCAUCACGGAGUUUCUCUCGGUUUGUGGGCUCGUCUAAAGCUGAGUAACAGGAGGAGAGGAGUCUGGUGGAACAGCAGAGGAACAAUUUCAGCCAUUUACACUCAGCUCAGCCACUACAGAGGAAACAAUGUCUUCAACACAAAAGGACCAACAUGGAGCAAGAAGUCAGCGCUCUCAGGAGGCCAACAAACAUCACAGAAGAAAGGGAGAGAAAACAUACAGCUGUGAUGAGUGUGGGAAGUCUUUUACCCAGGCUGGAGGCUUAAAAAAACACCAAGUCAUCCACAGAGGAGUUCGACCUUACAGCUGUGAUUUGUGUGAGAAAUCUUUUACCCAGGCUGGAAGCUUAAAAACACACCAACUCAUCCACAGUGGAGUUAAACCUUACAGCUGUGAUUUGUGUGGAAAGUCUUUUACCCAGGUUGGAGGCUUAAAAGAACACCAACUCAUCCACAGUGGAGUUAAAUCUUACAGCUGUGAGUUAUGUGGAAAGUAUUUUACCCUGGCUCAAAGCUUGAAAAAUCACCAACUCAUCCACAGUAGGUUUAGAGCAAACUACUGUGACUUGUGUGGAAAGUCUUUUACCCUGGCUCAAAGCUUAAAAAAUCACCAACUCAUCCACAAUGUAUUUAAAGCCCACUAUUGUGACUUGUGUGGAAAGUCUUUUACCAGGGCUGAAGACUUAAAAAGACACCAACUCAUCCACAGUGGAGUUAAACCGUACAGCUGCGAUUUAUGUGGAAGGUCUUUUGCCCUUGCUCAAAGCUUGAAAAAACACCAGCUCAUCCACAAUGGAGUUAAAGCAUACAGCUGUGACAUGUGUGGAAAGUCUUUUACCCUGGCUGGAAGCUUAAAAACACACCAACUCAUCCACAGUGGAGUUAAAGCAUACAGCUCGUACAGCUGCGACUUUUGUGGAAAAACUUUCAGCCUCAUAGGGAACCGAAAUAUUCACCUUCGGAUUCACACUGGACAUGAUGUUUACUGCUGUGAUCAAUGUGGGAAACUGUUUUCAACAAAUACACAGUUACAAAGACACUUGCUUACCCACACUGAGGAAAGACCUUAUAAAUGUGACCUGUGUGAGAGGACUUUUAAAUCUCCACAUUACCUGAAAAAGCAUCAACAGGGAAACCACCACAACAGAAAGUAACUCUACAAGUGCAGUUAUUGUGAGCUAUUUAAGGUGAUGUCCAGGAUAAAAAUGUUGAAGGAAUUCCCUGACUUAAACGGUCUCUGUUUAGAAGCAGAACAACAGAGAUGGAUCCAGUUCUCAACCCUGUCGUCACUUUGGUGGUGGGAAAGAGUUUCUCUGUGACCUUUGUGGAAAAACCGCCAAUCAUCAACAGGACCUAAAACCUCAUCAACGUAGACACACUGGAGACAAAAUGAACUACUGCAAAGAAUGUGGGAGAGGCUUCCACACUCCAAGUACAUUAAAAAUACAUGAACUCUUCCACAGUGGAUUCAAAAAGCACAUCUGUGACCAGUGUGGGUAAUCCUUCACCACUGGACAUGAGCUUAAAGAACAAGAAUAACAAAUCCACACAGGAGAGACACCAUACAAGUGCAGACACUGUGACAAAAGCUUCUCACAAUCAGGUCAUCGUAACAAACAUGAACAUACACGCAUGGAAGUGAACUUCAGCUCUGACCAGUGUGACAAGAGCUUCAGGAAUGUCAGUUCAUACUCUGAACACAAACGAUUCCACGCUGUAAAUAAACUGUUUCACUGUUA